AUGGGCACUAGUUCGUCAUCAUCAUCAUCAUCGUCAAGUGCUGCAAUGACAAAUUCAUCUCAAGCACAAAUUGACGCUCAAAUUAGUGCAUAUCUUGAUCAUGCUAAACAAGAUUUUGACUCAAGAUAUUCUUCACCAGCUAAACAAACAGCUAAAUUAGAAGAUUUUCAUUUACAACGUACAGUUGGUACAGGUUCAUUUGGUCGUGUUAUGAUUGCUCAACAUGGUAAUCAAACAUUAGCAUUAAAAAUAAUGGAAAAAACAACGAUUGUUAAAUUAAAACAAGUUGAACAUACAUUAUCAGAAAAAAAAAUUUUACAAGCAAUCAAAUUUCCAUUUCUAGUUAAUUUAGUUUAUUCAUUUAAAGAUAAUUCACAUCUUUAUAUCGCAUUAGAAUUUGCUAGUGGUGGAGAAAUGUUUACACAUCUUCGAAGUGUUGGAAAAUAUUCCGAAGAUCAAACACGUUUUUAUGCAGCUCAAGUUACAUUAGCUUUUGAAUAUUUACAUUUUUUAAAUAUUAUAUAUCGUGAUUUAAAACCAGAAAAUAUUCUUUUUUCAGCUGAUGGAUAUUUAAAAAUUACUGAUUUUGGUUUUGCAAAACUUGUUCGAGAUCGAACAUAUACAUUAUGUGGAACGCCUGAGUAUAUUGCUCCAGAGAUAAUUCUAUCACGUGGUUAUAAUAAAAGUGUUGAUUACUGGGCAUUAGGAAUAUUAAUAUAUGAAAUGGCUGCAGGUUUUCCACCAUUUUAUGCUGAUCAACCAAUUCAAAUCUAUGAAAAAAUUGUUCAAGGAAAAUUUAAAUUUCCAUCACAUUUUUCAAAUGACCUUAAAGAUUUAAUUCGUAGUUUACUUCAAAUAGAUUUAACAAAACGUUUUGGAAAUUUAAAAAAUGGUUCGAAAGAUAUUAAAUAUCAUAAAUGGUUUUCAACAACAAAUUGGAUUGCUAUUUUUGAAAAACGUGUUAAACCAACACAUGUACCUAAACCAGAUAAAGAUCAUUAUGAAAAAUAUGAUGAAAAACCAAUGCAAAAUUCGUCAACAGAACUUUAUGCACAUGAUUUUGAAGGUUUUUAA